CGUGCCUGAAAACUUCAACACAAACUUAUCUGUGCCACUUUGGCUCCCCAGCGAGAGCUCUGAUCCUUUAACUUACCUCCCAGAGUAUCACUAGAGAUCGAAUGAUGUGCACCGCAGUGGAGAGCGCGUUCUCUGAUCUGGACAGCUCCAGCUGCGACUUUUCCUUUCCUCACACGGAUGAUGAGGAUUCCCGCGGUAGCAUGCACGCAGCCUCGCCCGCAUCCUCGCUUGCAUCGUCGGGCACCAGCGCACAGGACGCUGGCGAGUUGCAGCAGAAGAAGAAGCGCAGAGGCCGUGUGCGAAGCGAGGCCGCCAUUCACGUGGUAAAAAAGAACCGCAGGCUGAAAGCUAACGAUCGCGAGAGGAACCGCAUGCACAAUCUGAAUGAUGCGCUGGACGCUCUGCGCAGUGUGCUGCCUGCCUUCCCGGACGACACAAAGCUCACCAAAAUCGAGACUCUACGCUUCGCUCACAAUUAUAUCUGGGCACUGAGCGAGACCAUCCGCAUCGCGGACCAGCGCGGGAGCAAAGCGAGAGAUUCCUCAUCGGCAGUGAGCUCCAGGGCGGAAGUACCGAGCCCGGGGAGCGAUGCGUGCUCAUGGGCAUCAAGCGCCUCCUCUUCAGGGUCCUCUCCAUCCUAUAGCUCUUCUAAUCCCGGCAGCCCGGAGGCUAUGGACGAUUACGGAUUUCUGCAAGCAGACGUCGUAUACCGCUACCACAGCUACCCUGGCGUUUACUAAGCCAUUUUUUCUAUUCCCCGAAUUUUCUGUAGCUAGUCUAAUAAGGAAAAUGACAUUUCCUUUGCCCUUUAUUAGAAGCAAGGGUACAGAGCCAGAGACAGAUUAGAUGAUCACUGUUUGCCUUAACUACCGUCAGUUUCGCGAAUGAGAAUGUUUUUAUUUUUGUACGUUUCGUAUUGCUGAACUUAAGGGUUUCCCAUACCUUUGCACUUUGUCCACGUUUCUUACCUUUCUUGCAUCUCGACCUCAGUGCUAGUCAGGGGAAAAUGAAAAGACAGAUUUGCUUUUAGCCGACGGAGGUGAAAAGUCAAUUUUACAAUUUGUUAGGCUGAUAGAGCAGAAAAGCGAGCGUGAAAAUGCAGUUUCAACGCUACGACAAUAGAAUGAAAGGCUGUCAAAAAGACAAGUCACUGGCCUUAUGCAUUAUGUAUUUUGACCCCAGGAUAUACUGUUCUUUUCAGUGUACGAAAAGACCUUUUUACACAAGGGAAGAGUUCUUACGGUUACUUC